AUGUUCAACGCGUACAACGGUCAGCCGGGCAACUUUGCUGCCUGGCAGACGGGCUAUGGUAACCUGCAAGGUAACUAUAGUGCGCCAACUGUUCCAAACAGCUAUCCUCAGCCAAAUGGCUUCCAAGGACCGGAUCCUUAUGGGCAUUAUGGCGUGUACCACCCACAAGCUGGCUGGCAGGCUCCCCAUCCCAGCGAGGCGUACCAUCAUCAGCAACAGCAAGCUCUGGCGCAGCAGCAUUACAACUAUCAAUACUAUUCUGCGCCCAACCCUAGCCCACCGGAGUCGUUACCUCCCCUCCCAGAUGCCCACACAGCACAGCUGCAGCCUUCUGCAACUGUGGCGGCAGCAGCGGCCCCACAAGCGCCGGCCCCGCCGACGCCAGUGGUCGUGGACAUCACCCGAUUGAUCCGGCCGCCGCACCGGGCCACCCGGCCGCGUAAGUUGCUGCUGGUGCUGCGGGGGCUGCCUGGCAGUGGCAAGAGCACACUGGCUCGGAAGAUUCGGGAAGCGGAGCUGGAGGCGGGUGCGGAAGUGCCGCGGUUGCACAGCAUGGACGAUUACUACAUGCAGGAGAUGGAGGUUGAGGUGGUUGAGGAGGAGGGCGGACGUAAGAAGCGCCGAAAGGUGACGGAGCUCAAAUAUGUGUAUGAGCCGGAGAUGGCAGGCACAUACUUCCGGGACCUGGUUCGCGCGGUGGGGCGCUCGUGUGAGGACAGGCGGCACAGCUUUGUGGUGGUGGACGCCCCCGUGCUGCGGGCGGAGCAGCUGCGGGAGCUCAUGGCGGUGGGGCAGCGUGCAAACUUCGAAUGCUUCGCCCUGCUGCCGCUGGAGACCGACCCCGCCGUGUGCGCCAGUCCUGCUCGCAACGUGCACGGCCACUCCGCGGCAUCGCUGAAGGAGAUGGCGGACUCAUUUGAGCCGGCGCCUCCGCUGUACGCGCAGGUGAGCGCCGUGUCGAUGUUUGGCGGGCCAGUGGUUGGGGAGGAGCGUGAAGCGGAUUCCCGUGGGUCUGAGAUCCAAGAGGUUGAGAUGGACGCAGAUGACAGCGACGAGGACGCUGACGGUGGGGCUCUCGGCGCCGGCAGCGACCGGGACGAUGAGGAUGGGGGCGGGGCGGGAUCCCGGCGUCGUCGGCCCGCGAGCCGUUGGCAUGACGGUGAAGGCGACGGAGCAGCCGACGGCGCGCGGCGUCAGAGACGGACGAAGCGCGACAAGGCCAAGUUGCGUGCCAUGGCGGACAUUGACGAUAAGGGUAUCCUGUUGGGCUUGAAUGAUGCUCUGGCGGCGGAUGGCGGCGGUGACAAGGCAGCGGCAGGUCCAUUCCCUACCUCUGGGCCGCUAAAUGCCAAGCGCACAUUAGGCCCUUUGAAACCCGCCCUGCGGCGACCUCUGGCAGUGGCGAUAGCUGUGUCGGCCGCGGAGGGGAAGACUGGCAGUAGCAGCCAGCGGCGGGUAUGGUGGCCUGACAUUGGCCAGGGCAACUCAGCAACAGCCGCGGAGUCGAUCACAGCUACGAUAAAAGGGUCAUCGGAGUUGGUUCAUGUGGUGUACUUGGAGGGACUGGGGCCACCGUUGGAACGAGAGGAGCUUCCCUACGGCUACCAGCGCCGCGGUAUCUCGGCGGCCCGCGGAGAAGCAAGUCAAGGCGGUGGUGGUGGCGCUCUUGUUCCUGCUCCCCAUCCGGGCCUGGGGCCUCACUCGCAUGGCGGCAGCUUCCGCGACCAGGCGAAAGCCGAGCAUGAAUCUGAGCACGACCUCUUCCGCCGCCUGCUGCUGGGGAAGCAGGGUCCGGGUGCGACCGGCGGGAAUGCUGCGGCGGGUGGUGCCUCACAGCCAGGGCUAUUCGCGGCGCCGUUGGACGAUGACGAUGAUGACGGGCCGAACCAAUGA